CGUUUAGCACAGACCUUAUGUUAUAUCGUAACUUGCAGAGGGAAAUGGGAUAAUGACCGUAUGUUUCUCGUGUGUUGCAUGAACGCGUGUGGGUGUGUGGCGCAAUAGUCGAGUCAAUUCAAUAGAUACAUACAUAUAUGCAGCCAAUGACGAAGAAGAUAGAAUCUGAUCCAAUUACAUAGACGAUAGGAUAAAAAUAAAAAUGCAACAAUUUGUAUUUAAAUAGAAGUAUAAAAAGUUAACCAACUGCAUUUCUUACAUUGCACGUGCGUAUAAAAAAUUAAUCAUUAUAAAACAUUUUACUAUAUAAUAAGAAAGUAUGUAUAUAUAUAACAAAGAGAGAAAGCAUAUAUAGAAAAGCAGAAUUCUGAUUGGACAGUUGCUAGGACAUGACUGAACAGUCAACAACAGGAAGCAGUUUACUAUAGAAAACCACCCAAAGAGUAUACUCUUCGGUAUCGUUUCCGGUUUUGCAUUCUACGGACGCUCCGCACCUCCCCAGAGUUUUCAUUUUCCUUUUCGUCAUCGGAAAGUCGUUAUCAUUAGUUGGACUUACGGAUUUCUAGGUUAAAAAUUAGUUCGAAUGAAGUGAGAAACAGUGUUUGGAUAAACGAUAAAAUCGUUUAAACGUGAUGAACGAGAAGAGGUCGAGAAGUCGAGAAGACGGGGCCUGGCAUUCGUGUAAAUAGCGCGUAGUGGCGGUGUGUGCGCGCGUGUUAUGCGCAUCCGCGACAGAUGAGCGCGGGUUCGCGUUAUCUAGACGCGUAAGACGGUUGUGUCUACGUUGCAUUUUUUCUAUAUCUCCGAAACGUUUUUUUAUUCGAAAGAUCGUUACUAAGGGGUAAAAACAUCGAAUUCAUUGUAUCUUUUUAUUUCCCCAUUGUUCCUCCCGCCCUUUUUCUCGUUGUAUCCCUUUUUUCUCUUGCUCUCUCGCUUGAUCUUUCUUUGUCGUCUCUCUUUCUCUUUCUGUCUUUCAAUCUAUUUCUCUCUCACUCUCUUUUUCCCUCUUUCUCCCUCCCUUCCUUUUUUGCCUCUCUCUCUCUCUCUCUCUCUCUCUCUCUCUCUCUCUCUCUCUCUCUCUCUCUUCCUCCUUCCCACUCCCUUUCCCAGCGUUCUUCUCUAUAAACGAGGAUAGGGCUAAAGACGAGUCGCGUGUUGGUCCCGCGGGAGGGGGGACCGCAGGAUGGAUGGAACCAAUGUGAAUGGCGGGAACGCUAAAGUGGCGCGCGACGUUUCUAACCUAAACAGUGUUAGUAUGCCGGAUUUACAGGAAUCUGAGAACAAGACGGCUGUCGCCGAGACCAUCGCCGAGACUGUCGCCGAGACCGUCGCCGAGACUGUCGCUGAGAUCGCCUCUGAUAUGGACGGCCAAGAAGUGAACGGUGAUUUGAAGGGUUCUACGAAGAAGACCCCUUCGACGACGAUCAAAACUAAAUUGCGCAAGUUCAAGGCCAAUUCAACGAGUAGUAUCGAGAACGAUGUUAGCCUUUCCACAACGAGGGGUGGACGAAAGCGUAAAUUUUCGGAACCUGACGAUGCUAGUUCUGAGGAAUCCACCGAGUUUAAUGGAUUCGAUUUACAAGAAGUCGAUGAACUCGAAACGGGAAGUCAUGUAUUAAAAAAGCUUAUCGCUGAGGCAGAAAUUGCAGAGGCUCAACUUACGAAACGCUGUAGGUAUUUGGUGCCAAAAAGGAACUUUGAUGGUAAAAAGGAUGACGAUCAAGACUCUGAUGAAAAUAAAAUGCUUAUAUAUGAUAUGGAACAAAUAUUUGAUAUUGAUAAAAUCAAAAAAGAAAGAGAAUCUGAUACAGAUUCUAUCGGUAUAGCGAAUAGUAUAGAAUUAGAAAUAGAACAGCAGAAAACCGAAGAAUCAUCUAUUAAGUCUGUAAAUUCAUCAUCUACAACCAGUAGUCCGUCUGCAAUAUCAUUAAAAUCUAAAGGGGGUCGGUUAUCGCGUGGUGCAAGUCCAGGGAGUGCGCUAAAACAAAAAUCAGCAAUAGAUAUGUCAAAUCCAGCUUUUAAGGAACCAUUCAAGUAUGGGUGGAAACGAGAACUGGUAUUCAGAGCUAGUAAUGAUUCUAGCCUUAAACGAAUGGCUGACAUAUAUUAUUAUACACCAAAGGGAAAAAAAGUAAGAAGUUUUAGAGAAGUUGCAGAAUUCCUUCAUUCAAGAGAAUUAACAAUAGAUAAUUUUACGUUCUUCAAAGAACCUAUUGGCUUAGAUGAUCCUGAAAAAGAAAUAAUUCGAGAUGCUAAAAGGAUAAGGGGUUCAAUAGGAUCUGCACCUACACCACCAAGAAGAUCUUUUGGUACUAAGAAAGUUAUGCCUACACGUAAACCUAUCGAAGAACAUGCUCCAGCAUCAUCCCCUGCACCAGCAGUAGCUGUUCCACAAACAGCAGUAUCAACUACAUCAGCAAAAACUCCUGCUAAAUCACCAAAAGCAGCUAGUAGUUUCAAAGUUAAAGUGCCUGCAAAGAAAACUCCACAAAUAACAGAAAUAAAAACAUCAUCAGAGGAGAGAGAGAUGUUACCGCCACAACGAAAUGCGGCAAGUACAAGAAGAAGUCAACAGCUAGUGGAAAAAGCACCACCUGUUAAAAGCAAACGAUUAUUAACGCCCAAAGUUCAAGAACCAUGCAGCAUAAGAUGUUCAACAAGUAUGGGACUGAUUCCCAGUUUACAGUGUCGCGUAUGCCUUUGCUUAUAUCAUCCUGAGUGCGUAGAUGGCUUGGAAUUUUCAGGAAGUGAUGAUUAUAUUUGUAAGAAUUGUCAACAAGAUUCUACAGAAACUCAUCAACAUCAAUCAAUGAAUCCAUCUUUAACACCACCUCCGUUGAUUCCAAUCAGCAUGUUAGGCACGCAAAAUGCAAAACAAAAGCCACAAACAAGCUUAACUCCACCAAAAUUACAAAGAAUUCCAAAAUCAGAGAAUGUGGAUAUACAGUCACGUAGUACUAGUAAAUUUUCUAAAACAGCAACAAUGACAAGUUCAACUUCGCUGUCGGAGAAAAAAGAGGAUACUUGGUUUCCUCAAUCAGAGAAUGAAUUUUUGCAAAGUCAUGAUGGAAUAUUACCAAAACCAGCGCAAAAUAUUGCUUUGAUGGGAGGCAAAAGAUAUAUAGUUGUACCAAAGAAUAAUGCUAUGGCAGUUCAACCAGCAAUUACAGUAAAACCUGAUAAAAUUGGUGACAAACCACCAAUGUUACAGGAAAAUUCUUUAAUUGACAUAUCCAAUACAAUGGAAAAUUCAACCAUUACAAAUACAAGUGUUUCAUCUUCGAAAAAAAUAUCUGGUGCCAAUGAUAUGACUGAAAGUGUUUAUGAUAAAGAAUUGUCUAAGGACGUUUCUGCUUCGUAUGGAUCUGAUGACACGAAUGAAAUGGACAGUAAUAUCAAUACAAAUACUUCGAUCAAUAUGAAUACACAAUUAGAAAAUCAAAUUUUUAAUACAAAAGCAUAUUCAUCGAUUGAAACAAGAAGAAUGAGUACUAGAUCACCUAUUAAAAAACCAAUGUCUUCAAUGGCAAUACAAAAUAAUAUAAGUACAUUUGGUAUAGACAGUGAAAUGAAUAGAACAGAUAUUAAACAAAUAGUAAUUAAUGCGAAUAUAAUGCAGAUGGGUAAUAGAAGAAAACAGAAUCAACAGGAGUCAAAUCUACAACAUCACUUUAUGGAUAAUGUAUGUGCGGGUUAUCAUGCAUUAUUACGAAUUUUUCAAUAUCUCAAGGUGCAAGAAUUGUUACGUGCAGCUCGUGUUUGUAAAAUGUGGCGAGAUUUGGCUGCACAUCCUUCUUUAUGGAAAACAGUAAGGAUGAAGAAUAGCCAAGUAACAGAUUGGGAUGGUUUAGCAGAUACGUUGCAAAGACAUGGCACACAGCAUUUGGAUCUCAGGAAAAUGCUUGUAGCUGGAGAAUCAGAUAGUAUUUGGAGAAAGUUUCUAUCUGUAAUACCUAGAGUGACAAGCCUUGUUAAAUUAGAGCUAUGUAGAUGCCCUGUCAUGGUGGUAGAAGAAGUCAUUAAAAAUUGCCCGCAAUUACAAGUAUUGAGUGCAAUGACAAUCAAAUGUGAUUCUUUAAAUUUACAAUCUGUUGGUAAUCUUAAACAAUGCCAAGAAUUAAGACUUAAAGCAAUAAGUGGAAUGUCUUUGCAAGAAGAUCUUACACCAAUAAAAGAAUUAACACAAUUAACACAAUUGAGUUUAACAUCAGUUAAGGAACUUGGAAAGAAGAAAAUUGAUAUAAUACAGACAUUAAUAAAUUUAGAAACAUUAGAAUUAGGGGAGUGUUCAGAUUUUCCAGAUAAGUUUGGAACAUCUGUUUUAAUAAAAUUACAAAAACUGGAACGCCUCCGACUUGAAAAGGGUCAAGGAUCUUGUUGUACAUUUGACAUCUUAGAAGGUGUUUCGAAAUUGGAAAAUUUAAACCAAAUGGAGUUAGUUAAUUUCGAUGUAAAAAAUGGUUUUGAUAAGUGUCUUGCUAAUUGUAAAAAUAUUAAGAGGUUAUUGAUUAUACCGACCUACAUAUCACAAUCAGCUACUUCAAAUAACAUGGUAUUAGGUGGUGUUACCGAAUUGUCACAUAAUUUAACACAUUUUGUUUGGGGCGUAACUCUUGAAUUGUUAAGAGUUACAGAAUUAUUUGUUGACCAGUGCAAUUUGAUGAACAAACAGGUUACUGGCGAUUCUAUACCAGUUUUGAAACCAGUACCCUGUUUAAAAUUAAUCGAAGAUGUCGAGGAUGAAAAUGAUAACCAAAAAGGUGAAGAUAAACAGUUAAAUAUGACGAGUCCACAAGUCGAUAUUCUACCAUUACCACAACUUCAAAAACUUCUUUUAACUGCAUUACCUAAGACACGUGUUAAAAUACUAAAGAUACCCUUCCACGCCACAUGGCGACAGAGCAUUUCUGAUACUACUACACAAUAAAUAAAGAUAAGAUAUAAAAUGUGUAACAAAGAAAAUAUAAAUGUAAGAAGAACAAAUGUAAAAGAAACACAAAUUACUUGACACGCGUAUGUGUUUAAAAGUUUUGUAAAUUUGACUCUAUAGUGUUUGCACAACCAAUUACAAUGUUUAUAACUUGGAUGAGAAAUAAUUUAUAUAUUUAUGUGAGUUUUAUAGCCUUCAACAAAUAUCUCUCUCGCAACGUGUUUGGUACAUUGUACAGCUAUCAGAGGCACAGUGCCAUGGAUAAAGAUUUUGUGAUAAACGAAUACAAGAACGGCCUUCUUAUCACGUAAUAUUUUAUCUUAUUAAAUCAAAAUUUUACGUGAUACUGGUACUCUUGUAUACAUUUUUACAAUUAAAUGACAAAUUCUGGCUUUUAUAGGUUGCAGUUAUAUAUCGCACUUUUUAUCUGCACAAGAAUGUUAAAGUAAUUACAGCUUAUCAAAGAUGCUGUGAUGUGUACCUGUGUUAAUGUCAUCCAAGUUAAUUUGCAUAAAGGUCUGCAUGAAUAUUAAAUCGAUCAUUUAAAGAAAACGAACACUCGGAGCCAAAGAGUGACGGUACAGUUUUAAGAAAUUUUAUUUAAAGUUGGCGAGUAGAAAAUUUUUUAAUUUCUACGAAUCUGCAAGACUAUUCUCAAUAUAAUAACUUCGGUUAAAAAAUAUAAAAUCAUAUGAAAGAAGCAAAUCGUUUCAAAGUAUAUAAUAUAAUGUUGAUUUUCUAUUUGGGGUAGCAGGACAAAUCUAAUCAUUGUGGUCGGUCUGUAAGGCUCUAUUUAGAAAUUAGGUUGUAUAAAAUAAUGGUAUAUAUAUUAUUAUUAUUAUUAUUAUCAUAAUUGUAUCUUUAGUAGUUAAGAUACGAGUUUUCCGCUGCAAAGAAGCUAUGGCGAAAUUGACAAGUAAUUUUGUAGAAUGUGUAAUAUAAUUCUAAUUUCGCUGCACUGUGCAUAAGCAAUAUAAAUAAUAUAAAAGAAGCUUAUUGCGGUUGAUCUGUACUCAGUACAAAUUAUAUAGUUAUAAGUUUCCAAUGAAUAUCUAAAUACGUUUAUAAAUUGUGGUAUUCUAUCCAG